ACCACUACCUCAGUGAGUGUCGGUCAAAGUCUCGGUAAACCGGUGCUGACAGCUUCAGAGCGGCUCAAACCUUCCAAAACUUCUCCACAAUGACAGCAAGAAACGUAUCUCGCUUCUGGGAAUGGGGGAGGAAGAUAAUCUGCGUCGGGAGGAACUACGCAGACCAUGCAAAAGAGCUGAAAAACGCCAUUCCCACCGAGCCCGUCCUGUUCCUGAAGCCACCUUCUGCCUAUGUGACAGAAGGCUCCUCCAUCCAGGUGCCCACCUACUGCAGCAACCUGCACCAUGAGGUGGAGCUGGGGGUGGUGAUAGGUAAAGGAGGCACUGCUAUCUCUCAGUCUGCAGCUAUGGAGCAUGUUGCAGGAUAUGCAUUGUGCUUGGAUAUGACAGCCAGAGAUGUGCAGGAUGAGUGCAAAUCCAAAGGUCUUCCAUGGACUUUAGCCAAAGCUUUCAACACCUCCUGUCCAGUCAGUGAGUUCAUCCCCAAAGAGCGCAUCCCAGACCCGGGCAACGUGACUCUGUGGCUGAAGGUGAACGACCAGCUGAGGCAGAAAGGCUGCACCGACCAGAUGAUCUUCUCCAUCCCUUAUCUCAUCAGCUACAUCAGUGAGUUCAUCACCCUGGAGGAGGGAGACCUCAUCCUCACUGGGACCCCUAAAGGAGUCUCUGCUGUGCAGGAGCACGAUGAGCUGCAGGCUGGCAUCCAGGAUGUGGUCUCCAUGAGCUUCAGGGUGGAGAGGCAGGACCAGUAGAGGAAAAUAAAAAGACACUAUAAUGAUGAGGAGAAAUAAAUCAGAGAGUUUACUAGAAGUUUGAGUCAAAUUAUUUUAAAUAUAUAUUUUCAAUAUCAGUGUGGAGCCUUAUUUCUAAUGCUGCCUUGUGCAUUAUUUGACAAUAAUUGAUGUGUACUUGUGAUCUAUCUACUUCAACCAAAAUAAUUCAUCGUCACUGUCUUUGUCUCAGAUCAUCAGAAGUGUUCAGUUGCAUCUUUUAUUCAAAUCAAAGGUGCAAUAUUGUGUUUGUAAAAAUAUUAUAAGUAAUUUUUAAUAUCAGUGUGGAUCAGCAGAUGGCAGUGUUGUGCCAUCAACACCUUAUUUCUGAUGCUGCCUUUGUGCUUUAUUUGAAAAUAAUUGAUUGUAAUUGAUCUUUUUUUUUACUGUAUUAUGUACUUCAACCAUAUGAAAGUAAUUCACUGUCUUCGUCUCAGAUUACAGAAGUUUUCAAAACUUUUAUUCAAAUAAAAGAUGCAAUAAUAUGUUGUUAAAGUAUUUUUUAUUACAAAUAAAUUCAAAAUGCAAGUAGAUCUUGA